CGGAUGAAAUAACCAUUCAUUUCCGAUAAAUUUUGCAAAAGAUAAGCACAAUGGAUACAAAAGGCAAAGCAAUGACGGUGAUGGGCCCAGUGGAUCCUGCAUUGCUUGGCCAGAUUUUGCCCCAUGAACACAUAAGCGUCAACUUUGGAUUUGGAUUUGUGGAGCCAGCGGCUUGUUCCUGCGAAGCUGGGCCUAAGACGGAGUGCGACUUCACGCUUCCCAACAUUGGGUGGAUACGACAAAACCCUUACAGCCACAAGAAAAACAUCAAAUACAGCGGAGAUGAGGUGGAGCGCAUGGUGGAAGACGAGUUCAAGCUCUUCAAGAAGGCUGGGGGUGGCACAAUUGUUGAGAAUACAAUCACUGGAAUUGAAAGAAAUUUGCUGGCAUGUAAAAGGCUCAUGAAGGCAACAGAUGUCAACAUCAUUGCUGGCACAGGUUUCUAUGUGUCACCAAGUCUGCCCAGUUCAGUGCUAGCAAUGAGCACAGAACAAUUGUGUGAAGUAAUCCUGAAGGAGGUAACCCAGGGUUGUGAUGAGGACCCAACCAUCCGCUGUGGCAUUAUUGGGGAAAUUGGCAGCUCCUGGCCCAUCACAGAUUUUGAGCGUCGGAGCAUCAGAGCGGCAGGCAUAACACAGGAGCAGACAGGUGCCCCUGUCAUGUUCCACCCUGGGCGCCACCAUGACGCCCCUGCCGAGAUAUUGCGCGUGUAUGCCGAGGCGGGAGGCGACAUUCGGCAUGCCGUCAUGGCGCAUUUGGACCGUACGAUCCACACCAUGGAGGGUCUAGCAGAGCUGGCAGCCUUGGGCAGCUACCUGGAGUACGACCUGUUCGGGCUGGAGACAUCGCACUAUCAGCUCAACGCGGCCGUCGACAUGCCGUCUGAUGCUCAGCGCAUCGCGCGCAUCAAGCACCUCGUCGAGUGCGGCUAUGCCGACCGAAUCCUUAUAUCUCACGACAUCCAUACCCGCAACAGACUGACUGAGUACGGCGGGCACGGAUUCUGCCACAUCUUCGAGAAUGUUGUGCCCAAGAUGAUCUCGCGAGGUUUGGCUCCAGACGUCGUGUCGGCUUUCCUCACCACAAACCCGCAGCAAUGGCUCACAUUCUCUAAGUAAUGGGGCCAUUUGUGGCCUUUUUGUGGAACUUUGUAACCUCUUUACAGUUAUACGUGGCCUUUUUGUAAAACUUUGUGAAUAUUUGAGGCCUUUUUGUGACCCCUCUUGGAGGUGUAAAGUCAAGUGUUGGCCGAUGACAACAAACGUUUUAUCAAAUGAGAAAGGUUCGUCACAAAAUUACGUUUUAUACAUUUUUAGAAUGUGUGGAUGAUAGAAAAGGAUUAACUUAACCCAAGUUCUUGAAUUAUGAAUUGUCAUAUGAGAACGAUAAUAAUGAAUUGUUUUUUCAUAUAUUUUAGGACAACAGAAUAUGAACAGAUGCACAACGAAUAUAUAAGAGAGGCGACUUUAAUUGUGCUGUGGUAUCGGAUCCUCCUAGUGAAUGUUUUUCAAUUAUGAAUGAACUUUGUUCAUUUAAAUGAU